CACGCUAAACCCUUCGCCAAAAGGGCCAAAACCAAAACACAGAAAAUAGAACUUCGUCCUCUCUCUCUCUCCUACACAUGACCAGGCCACACUAUUAGCGGCUCUGCAGCUCCGCUCCAGUCAUCGAACUUCAUUCGCAGCUCACACAGGUCUUCUUCUCUGGAAUCAAAAUAACAGUGUUGUGUAGUAAAUAAAGGUUUUGAGAACCGGUUCCAAUAGAUGCAAGUACCUAAAAUAAGCUCCCAACAUAUUGCGUGGCGCAACAGCAUUGAGUUAUGUUCAACAACUGCUCUCCACAAAGUUCUUUGCCGCCGAUUGGAAGUUGCUUAUGAGGACCCUGUGCUUUCUAUUUCAAAGGUUGCAACUAUCAGACUGCUCUGCUACUAUAGUUGAUGUGGAAAUGGAUAUCCCGGGGUGAAUGUGAUGUGAGCCUGUUCCGGAUACUGUCCAUUGUAUGUGAACCAGUCUUCAUUACAAAAUGGAUCUUGAUUUGCAUUCCCUGGCCAGCCUACUCCAUUCCUGUAACACCCACCGUUGGAUUCAUCAGGGAAGACAGGUCCACCUCCUCUUUCUCAAAAAGGGUCUCAUAAACUCUGCUCUCACAUUCGGAAACCGCCUUUUACAGAUGUAUGUGCGCUGCGGCAGCUUGAGCGACGCAUGGAAAGUGUUCAAGGAUAUGCCUGAGAGAAAUUGUUUCUCUUGGAAUACUAUAAUAGAGGGGUACAUGAAAUCAGGGAACAAGGAGAGGUCACUGCAGUUGUUUGAUUCCAUGCCCCACAAGAAUGAAUACUCAUGGAAUGUUGUGGUUUCAGGGUUUGCAAAAGCUGGUGAGCUACAGAUUGCUCGGAGUUUGUUUAAUGAUAUGCCAAAGAGGAAUGCAGUUGCAUGGAAUUCGAUGAUUCAUUGUUAUGCUCAAAAUGGGUAUGCAAAAGAAGCCAUGAAGCUCUUUAAGGAUUUGAGUUCAGAUCCUUCUGAAGUAUUGUAUCGCGAUACAUUUGUUUUGGCGACGGUUAUUGGCGCUUGUAGUGAUUUGGAAGCUCUUGAUUGCGGCAAGCAAAUACAUGCUCGCAUUUUGAUUGAUGAGGUGGAAUGUGAUUCGGUCUUGAGUAGUUCUCUAAUUCAUAUGUAUGGGAAGUGUGGUGAUCCAGAUAGUGCAAAUCAUGCUCUGAAUAUGUUGAAGGAACCAGAUGACUUCUCUCUAUCAGCAUUGAUUUCAGGGUAUGCAAAUUGUGGUAGAAUGAAUGAUGCAAGAAGAAUAUUUGAUAGCAAAAGUGAUCCGUGUGUUGUGUUAUGGAAUUCAAUAAUUUCUGGAUAUGUUUAUAAUAAUGAGGAAAUUGAAGCAUUGAUUUUCUUCAAUCAGAUGCGGAGAAAUGGAGUCCAGGAAGACUCCUCCACACUUGCAAGUGUUUUGAGUGCCAGCAGUAACUUAGGUACCCCCGGACAUGGUAAACAAAUGCAUACUUAUGGCUAUAAAGUUGGGUUAAUGGAUGAUGUCAUAGUUGCUAGUGCUCUAGUUGAUGCAUACUCCAAGUGUGGAAGCCCUUAUGAUGCAUGCAAAUUAUUUAGUGAGCUCAAAUACUGGGACACAAUCUUGCUUAAUUCUAUGAUAACAGUGUAUUCUAAUUGUGGAAAAAUUGAAGAUGCAAAAUGCAUUUUCAAAAUGAUGCCAAACAAAAGCCUGAUAUCAUGGAAUUCAAUGAUAGUAGCUCUUAGUCAAAAUGGGUGUGCAAUUGAAGCAUUAGAUCUACUGUGUGAGAUGAGUAGGUUGAAAUUGAGAAUGGACAAGUUUAGCUUGGCCAGUGCAAUCAGUGCGUGUGCCAGCAUCUCUUCACUUGAACUUGGCGAACAGCUUUUUGCUAGAGCUACUGUCAUCGGGCUUGAGUCUGAUCAGAUCAUUUGUACCUCUCUUGUUGAUCUUUACUGCAAGUGUGGUUUUAUUGACGAUGGGCGAAAACUUUUUGAUGGAAUGAUAAAAUUUGAUGAAAUUUCUUGGAAUGCAAUGUUGAUGGGUUAUGCUACAAAUGGUUUCGGAAUUGAAGCAUUGAAUCUGUUUGCUGAAAUGAGGCAAGUUGGUGUUAGACCCACUGAUAUUACAUUUACAGCAGUUCUAUCUGCUUGUGAUCAUUGUGGACUAGUUGAGGAGGGACAUAAAUGGUUUUAUGCAAUGAAAUCAUACUAUCAUAUUGAUCCAGGGAUUGAACAUUACUCUUGCAUGGUUGAUCUUUUUGCUCGUGCUGGUUGCCUUGAGGAAGCAAUGAAUCUUAUAGAACAUAUGCCUUUUGAGGCUGAUGCAAGCAUGUGGUCAUCAGUGUUGAGAGGCUGUGUGGCUCAUGGGGAUAAGACUCUUGGGAAGAAGGUGGCAGAGAGAAUUAUAAAGCUUGAUCCUGAGAACUCAGGUGCUUAUGUUCAGUUAUCAAGCGUAUUUGCCAACUCUGGAGACUGGGAAAGAUCAGCACAAAUUAGAAAUUUGAUGAGAGACAAGCAAAUACAAAAGAAUCCUGGUUGCAGUUGGGCUGAUUGUUGAACAAGAAACUUUAAUGGCAGCAUAACCCUCGAAUCAAGGGGCACAUGGUUUCAUAGGGGAGAAAAUGUGCUACUCUUGGAGUGUGUCUUGCUUUAAGCAACUUGGUCACCAGUAGGCUCGAAGAGGUGAUUUCCUUCUAAUAUAGGCAUAAGUUGAUUGUGACAUCUAUACAAUAUAUUAUGGAGGAUUAGCAAUUGAUUUGCUAAGCUCUUGUGGUGCCACGUCACUACUAAUAAUAUUUGUUUUUGAUGAUGUGGAACCUCACCAAGGCAGGGCCCUUUGGCCCAUCCUUGGGGAGUAAACCAUAGAUGCACAACUCCACCUACUAGCACUGUGUAUCACUCUAGGGGAACUCCUAGUGGGGGUCAAACUCAGGAUGUCUUGGUCUACAGUUCAUCCCAAGCCUCAAACCACUAGCAAAUAAAAUUUUGCCUUCCUCAAUUUGUUGUUAUUCCAUUCCCCAGCUUAACAUUGCAACCUUUCCUCUCCCUUUUUUGACUCUUCCCCUUCCUCAUCAUUGCUCACCCUACCAUUACUCUCGCUCUAACCCCUCCUCUUCCAUCUUCUUUUUCAUAAGGCUAUUAUUCCCUCUGCACCUCUCCUUCCCGUUCAAAAAGGUGAUUACUCUCUCUAUUUCAAAAUUUUCUUCUUGCUCUUGGAUUUUUUAAUUCUUUUUGCAAUGUCUACGGUGGAUUUCUGAUUCUUUCUUGCAAGUUGGAACUCUGUUUUAGGCUGAUGCAUUUUGCUGUUUUUGACUUAUCCAUUCUGGCUUAUGUGUUUUGGUGUUUUAAUUCCCAUAACAGGUCCUCUCUCUCUUUGAUGACUUCAGCUUGAUUUAGUUUGGGUUAAUAUUUAGUUGUUUUGGAAGUGGGAAUUUGAGCUUAUAUCAAAACACUAGAUACUUGGCUAUGUAUUUUAGUGUGUACAAUGGUUUGAGCAAUUGUCUUUUACAAACUAUAUCUCUUACGUAUGAUAAAUUGGUAAUAUUCUUUUUGAGGUGGAGUUUGAUAAAAUGUUAUAAGUUUCAUCCAAUUAUCCUUUUUUUUCCUUUAUAAAAAAGGCAUGUCAAUUAGGAAAGUAAUAGAGAACAUGGCUCUAGAUAGAAUGGAGGAAAUAAUACAUGCAGCCGACCCCAAAACAUUUGAGACUAAAACUCUGUUGUUGUUGUUGUAGUUGUUAUUGUUAUAUAUAUAUAUAUAUAUAUAUAUAUAUAUAAAACAAGUUUGUUCAAAGUCUCAAUAAAAUAAUUAACUACCAUGUGGUUUUACUAAUUUUAGCUGCCACAUAAUAGAUGAAUAUUGUCAUUGCCAUUGUCUGUACAUUACUUGUGUUCACAGCAACCAUUGUAGAAAUAUAUAUAAAUCCUUAUUACACUGGUUUUUGUUUGGUAUAUGCAGUGGAUGCAUUGAACCUGUUACAAAGAGGAUGUGUGCAUGGCUUAUUUUAGUUCUUAAAUUACCCAAGCAGCUUUCCUCUAUGUCCAGUGACCAUGAUUGUAUAAUCAUGUAGAAUAUCCCUGCAGUAUGGUGAUAAACUCGCAUCUUAAAGAAAUGGAGGAAAGUGACUGCUGUUUGAAGGUUAAAAGGUUAGAAUCCAAGGAUUUGGUGCAGAAUUCAUGUGUCUUAUCCUAUGAAGGCAGAGAUAUAUUAAGUGGAGGCAAUUAGAAAGGCGAGGAAACUGUUAAGACACAAUAUAGAUGGCGACACUGACUAACCAAAUUCAAGGAAAGAACAAAAACUUUGUUAGAAACUUGACUUUCAUAGAAAUCAUUCUGACCAGACCCACAAACUUUAUGAAAAAUCAUGUCUUGAGAAGAACAAGACCCAAAAAUGUAAUUAUUGUGUUGAAUAAACUUGUUAACUUAAA